CCAUUGGCCCGGAGAACAGUGACUCGCGGGCGGAGCAGGAAGGAAACCGCUCCCGAGCACGGCGGCCUCGUCUCUCGGCAGUGCAGCUGCCGCUACUACCGCCCCUCCGCCUGUCCAAACGUUUGUCUGCCUGCAGCAUGAGCGGCCUGCGGGUCUACAGCACGUCGGUCACCGGCUCCCGAGAAAUCAAGUCCCAGCAGAGUGAGGUGACCCGCAUCCUGGAUGGGAAGCGCAUCCAGUACAAGCUAGUGGACAUCUCUCUGGACAACGCUCUGCUGGAUGAGAUGCGAACCUUGGCAGGCAAUCCCAAGGCUACCCCACCACAGAUUGUCAAUGGGGACCAGUACUGUGGGGACUAUGAGCUCUUCGUCGAGGCUGUAGAACAGAACACACUGCAGGAAUUCCUGAAACUGGCCUGAAUCAAGCUCGCCCCCACUUCCCACUGGACGCAGCAUGUUCUCCCCACAGGUCUCACCCAGUCUCGAAGGACCUCAUGACCAACUCCCUUCAUUCCUAACUUUCUUACCUUGGAGUCCCUUGCCCAACCUAUCUAUACCUCUUCUCCUCCCCCUUGCUAGCUCCUUUUCCUCCAUUCAAAGGCAACAUUCCUUAUCUACUGUCUCAGAAAUUGUCUUAAAGUAACAGCCCACGGGCUGGCUGUCCUCAGUCAAGCCUUGCGGCUGCCACUCUUCUCUAGCACUGGCUGGUGGGCAGUUCUUUUAGUUCCAUUAGCCAGAGCUCUGCCAAAGGCCCCGAAGUCCCCUUCCUGGGAACACCCUAGAACAAUUAAAUGCCCAUUCCAUUGGCA